CAGCCAAAAUGGCGGCGGCCGUUGGCGGGGAGUGCCGCUGGUAGUUCCAUUGCCUUACCCAUCUGCCUGUGGCAAAAUGUGAAAGGAGAAGCGGCUGGUGGAGGGGGUCAUAUGCAAUGAGUCGGCGAAGGAAACAUGGGGACAGCCCUGGCCUGAAGAAUACGCCGCUGAAGGCGGCGGCGGCGGCUGAGGAAUGCACCUCUGUGGUCGAGCCAGGGAAGAGGCGGCUGAGGGCGUCCCGCGGCUCGGGGCUCCGCCGGGUCGCAGAGGGGCCUUCCCGGCCCCUGCCGCAGCAAGAGCAGCCUCCAGCAGCCGCUUCGUGCAGUAAAAGUAACCCCGAGGAAAGGUAUGAAACACCAAAGAGAUUGCUGAAAAUGGAUUUAUUAUCAUCUACCUUCAGUUCUCCUAACGAUCCAGAUGGACAGAAUGAUAUCUUUUGGGAUCAAAAUUCUCCAAUGACAAAACAGUUAGGUAAAGGAAGAAAAAAACAGAUUUACACCACAGAUAGUGAUGAGAUCUCACAUAUUGUUAAUCGUAUUGCUCCUCAGGAUGAAAAACCAACAGCAAACUCCAUGCUGGGCAUGUGGAUUGGUGCAGCUGCCAUUCCUUGUACUCCUAAUGUUGCAAAAGGAAAAUCAAGAGCAAAAAUCAGCUGCACAAAGUUAAAAACACAAAAUCGAGAGGAAGAACUUAUGAAGUUGGCUAAGCAAUUUGAUAAAAAUAUGGAAGAGCUAGAUGAGAUUCAAGAGCAAAACAAGAGAAAUCAUGAUUUUAUCCAGACAAUUUCAGAAACAGAGACUUUAAAUAAUUAUGAAGAUAAUGUACAAAUGCAGUUGUUACAUGAUAGAGUUCUUAAAAUUGAUGAUGCUAUAAUAAGGAAGCCAGUGAAAGAAAACACCAAGAUACAUGUGGUAAAUGAUCAAAAUAGCAGUCAGAAGCCAUUUGACCAAAAUGCUGAAGCAGCUUUUAAUGCCAUUUUUGAUGGUUCUACUCAGAAAUGUAGUGGACAGAUAAGUCAAGAUCUGUCAGAUGCUUUUUUGAACAUCAGUAAUACCACAAUUGGAGAGAAAAGUGCUCUGAAAGAGGAGAAAAUCAUUACUAACGAAACUCUGGUCACUGAAAAACUGCCAAAUAAAAACCCAGGAUCACUUUCUUGUCAAGUAGAUACUCCAGGAAUGACAAAGUCCUGUAUGAUUUCCAGUACUAAGGAACCAGAAGCUUUUAAUAAGCACAUUGAUGCAUUUACUACCAGUGAUUUUGAGGAUGAUUGGGAAAACUUACUAAGUAAUGAACCUUUUGUUAUGCAAAAUGUCAAAAUGUCUGAACUUUUCCCUGCUUCUAAAACAGCCCAAGUUACUGAUCAAAAGGGAAUUUGUACCUUUAGCAGUAAAAAUGAUAAAAGUAAGUCAAGAACUAAUACAAGCCUAGAUGCCAGGUUCAGAGAUUCAAAAAUUUUACAAGAUCUUCCUUCAGAGACACAUAACAGUGAAUUAACAGAUGCUGGAAAAUACAGAUUUUCACCAAAUCCAAGUGGUAAACCAAACAAAUUACCAUCCACUGGAAAUAAAAUGAAAUUUGAGAAAUCUUUAAAUAAAAUUGUUGUUCAAGACAAAAUUCAAGGUUGUGCAGUUGCAUUUAAUCUGACAAAAGUAAAGGAAGAUAUUCAUACUAAAUAUACUUCUAAUGUAAAUGCUUCUGGAAAAAAGUCUUCUUUGAACACAGGAUAUUCUAAUGAACAAAGAAAUAAGUCCAUUUUUAAUCAGUCUUUUAAAGCACCUGCUAAUAUAGAUCCUUUUGGCUCUGAAACUUUGGGCAAUGAAACCAGUGUUCAUAACCCAAAUCAGACUAAUGCAUCCAAGUUAGAUUCUUUCUUUGAUGAUUGGAGUGAUCCAUCAUUUGCCAAUGAAAUUGCUAAAGCAUGUCAUCAAUUGGAGAAUGCCUGGGAAGCAGAUGAUGUAGAUGAUGAUUUAUUAUACCAAGCAUGUGAUGAUAUUGAAAGACUAACUCAGCAACAAGACAUUAGAAAAGACAGCAAGACAUCAGAAAGUAUACCUGAGAUCCGUAAUAGUUCCACAUAUGGAGCCAAAAACAUGUUCACUACAUCUAAACAAAGAAGUCAGUUGAUGCAGUGUAAACAUUUGAAUACAAAUAGCGUUUCAGUGCAUACGUCUUCGUUGACAAAUAACUCACAAAUAAAUAAAUCAAUGAAGAUGGAGAAAGGGGAAAUUUGUGGAAAUUCUCCAAGUUUUCUAGGUGCUACAACAAAUUUGACUAUAUACCCUAAGAACUCAAAUUGUCAGGUCAAUAAUCUGCAUGUCUCUUGGAAUAACACUGAUAUUCCAAUACAAGUAAAUGGUUCCAAAUCAGUUCUUACAGGAAGUUCAAGUUUCACUGUGAGUUCAGAUCAUAUGAGUACAGAAACUGCUACUUAUAAGAAGAACGUGAGUACUAAGCAUCCAUCCCAUAGGACAGUAACAGAUGAAGCACAGAGGGACCUUAACAGAACAGUUAGAUUUUCUAAGUAUACGUUUGCAAAGGUGAAAAAUUCUCAGAUUUUUUCCCAGUUUAAUCAAAAUUGUGUAACAGGAAGUAUUUCUGAUACCAAAAUCACACAAAGUUUGGAAAAAAAUAACACUCCUGUUACCCCGUUAUGUGGGAAGGCUGUUCCACAACAAUCUUUGGUGAAACUUUCUGAGUCUUUGAAACAACCUUCAAAAGAGGAAGAAGAGAAAAAUAGAAAGUAUUCUCCUGAAGAAAUUCAGAGAAAAAGACAAGAAGCACUGGUUCGAAGAAUGGCCAAAGCACAGGCAUCAUCUCUAAAGGCAACUCCUACUUAACUUGAUUUCUUUAACGAAAUACUACUUGGAGGACAUAACAAAGACAGUUGAUAACUAUCUAUGAUAGGAAAUAUUUUUUCUUAAUUUCUCUGUGAGAAAUUUAAUGCUGCAUUAUAAAGCGUGGACUUCUACUUUAUUUAAUAAAUCAGUGUUUGCAAUUGUCAAUGAAACCUUUCCUUGGAGAUAUAUGUGAAAGUAAUUGCAUGUAAGUUUUGGAAAUUCAGGAAAGUUAGCAAUUAUGUAGUAGAAUUAUACAGAGGAAAGUCGUUACAUUUUUAAAUAUUGUGACAGAGGAUCAUCAAAAAAUAGGUAAUAUACUUAAUUUUUUCUUGUAAUAAGUCUUUUCCUAA